AUGGCUAACGUCGAGUGGAUCAACAAUGAUCUGUUGGUGGAAUUGCUGGUACAGCAGCAUGGAACCAGUUUUAAGCGGCUUGUUGCUUAUGAGGUUAACGUUGCAACAAAAAAGGGAGAUAAUUACGCGAGUGAAAUGUACCGUGUGUCGCUGCAUUACGAUAUCGGUUUGUUUGUGAAGAAGAACAUUAUUCUUAAGGUGAUGCCAUCGGGAGAACUUCAGCAAAAAGUCAUGCAGGAGAACAAUAUCUACCCUAGAGAGAUCGUGAUUUAUGGACAGAUAAUUCCCAAGAUCUACAAACAUUUGAGAUCGAUGGGUGAUGUUUCGGUCAUUUCGCCGCAUUGUUUAAGCACUGCCACCACUCCCAAGCAGAUGCUCGUGUUUGAAGAUGUGUGCGAGCAGGGUUAUAAAAUGGUUGAUCGCCGGUACGGAUUAGAUGUAGACCACGCACGGUUGGUAAUUGUGAAGCUCGCCAAACUGCACGCCUGCUCACGGAUCGUAUACGAAGAGGAACCCGCACUGUUCGACCUCACGAAGGAAGGAUGCAUUUCCGAUGAUCCCAAGAAGCAGACAUUUCUGCCAUACUAUCGGCGAUGCGUUCGGCAGGUGAUGCGCCUAGUAGCAGAAUGGAACAGGGAUGGACGAUGGGAUCAGAUACAGCGAAAGCUGCAAAAGCUUCACGACAAGAUCAUUCCUUACGGGUGUGAUGUCUAUCGCAGAGAGGAGAAUUGCUUUAACGUGCUGAAUCACAACGAUAUAUGGCUAAACAACAUGAUGUUCUCCUACGGCGAAGACACUGGAGUGGAAGAUGUACUGUUGCUGGAUUAUCAGCUUGCAUUUUUCGGUUCACCAGGAGUGGAUCUUAAUUUCUUCCUGUACGGUUCACUACAACCGGAAGUUCGUGUUGCACACUUACCGGAUUUAAUACAGCUAUAUCAUACCACACUUCAAUCUACCUUGGAACAACUGUACUACACCGGAACGAUACCUACCCUCCCAGACAUCCACGUGGAGAUCAUUCGCAAAGGAUUCCAUCGUGUCAAUGCCGUCUUCCAACAGAUGCCAAUAGCGAUGAUGGAACGGUCGGGAGAAACAGACUUGGAUCUCCUUUUGGGGGAAGGCGAACGCAGUGAAGCAUGUCGUCGCGAUCUCUUUGACAACCCGCGUUAUGUCAGUGUCUUGCCAGCGCUGCUACGGGAGUUUGAUCUAAGUGGUUACUUAGAUUAA